AUGUCCUCCAGUCGAUUUAAUGCUGCGCGCCCAAAGCGCGCCGGCGAAGAAUACACCCGCUUCCAGCAGCCACAGACCGACGGCCCUUCCCCGAAGAAGCCUAAAUUCGACCUCCGCAACCCGUCCGCAUUAGCACCCGAUGCGCCCGAGGACGAUGCCGUCCUAGACGCUGAUGUUAUCGGUGGAGGCGCGCAUACGAAGCGUAAUGCCGUUAACAUCGAUGGUUACGACAGCGACUCAGAAAACGAGGGCUUCGAUGCGCGUGCCGAGGAGCGCGGGAGGGGCAAGGGUGGCGACGUCAAUCUAUUCGAGCAGCUGGAUAGCUACGAAAAAAAUGGAAGCUCGAGAGCAGGCGCACAUACAAAGGACGAAGAUGAUGAGGAUGAUGACAUGUUCGGCGGGGAGGAGGAUGAAGCUGGCGAGGGAGGUGCGGAGGGGGGAGAUAAUGUGAGGAAAUCCAAGGGCGUGCGGUUCUUGGAAGAGGACGAGAUCGAGGGCCAGGUGGACGCGAGCAAAAGUGGAGGUCAUAUAUCCGGGAAUUUUGCUUUGGACCCAAAAGGAAAGCUAUCGACACAUGCGAUGGAUGACAGGGAGAGCAGCGACGACGAGGACGAUGCGGCUCUGGCUGCCGAGGAAGAGGGCGUGGACAAGGAGGUUGGCGCGGGUGGCCUCAAGAGGAACGCUCCCAGGGUAGAUGCAUUUAAUAUGAAGGCCGAACAAGAGGAGGGUCGCUUCGACUCGGCUGGGAACUACGUGAGGAAGGCUGGGGACCCAGACGCGGCUCAUGAUACAUGGCUGGAGGGAGUGAGCAAGAAGGAUAUGAAACGGGCUGCCGAGGCGCACGAGAAACGCGAGGCAGAGAGGCGGCAGCAACGACUAGACGAUGAUGCUAUGCUCACCUCCGACAUACUACGGACGCUUAUUUUACAACUGGAGAAGGGCGAGUCGGUGUUGGAGGCGCUGGCUAGGCUAGGAAAGGGCCAGACGAAGGUGAAGAAGAUUCCCAAGUGGAAGCUCAAGAAGCAGAAGCAGGGCGACGAUGGAAUGGAUGUCGACGCCGAGAAGCCAGCUGAAGACCCUGCUCAAGUAAAGAUCAGGGAUUCUAUCAACAGUAUCACGGGAGCCGCAGACCAGCUUCUUACACGUGGCCAAACAGACAUUUACGAACAGGAACGCGAGAUGCUCAUUCGUCAGUAUGGUAGAGAGACAGGAGACGUCUGGGUUGAGCCGUCGACAGAAGAUACUGAAGAGCCGAGUGGGGCCAGGCCAACGAAGAUGUGGGAGUAUCGCUGGAUCGAUGGUCGCGAUGGAGCUGCCAAGCAGGGACCAUAUGAUGGCCCUACGAUGGUCGCCUGGCAAGGCGCUGGAUACUUUGGCGAAGGCGUGGAGUUUAGGCGCGCGGGCGAGGAGGGAGCUUGGAGUAGAGUGGUGGACUUUGUAUGA